ACUGCUCCAUUGAUGUAGAGUUUCUCUUUCCUUGCAGCAACAAUGGAGGUUACCUUCGCCCGCCUUUUCUCUCCUUGGCCCGCCGCCUCCUUCCGCCUCUCCCUCUCUCCCAUCGUUUGCCGCCACUCUGCUGGCUACACCUCUGUCCUUGUCUUCCAUUACAACCACAAGAAAUCCCUCCCCCUCCACAAAACUCGGAAGAAAUCCAUCGCAUCCCCCCUCUCCUCCUCCUCCUCCACCGCAGCUCCUGCUCCAUCACCACCACCACCACCGCCACCUCCACUGCCACCACCAUCCCCGCCUCCACCUCAACAAGGCGCCAAACCGAUCCCAUUAACAAUCUCACUUGCCAUAGGUGCCAUUCUCUACUUCCUCGUCCCAAGACCCUCCGAACUCACUCCCCAAGCAUGGCAGCUCCUCUCCAUAUUCCUCUCCACCAUCGCCGGCCUCGUCCUCAGCCCUCUCCCCGUCGGCGCGUGGGCCUUCCUCGGCCUCACCACGGCUGUCCUCACCGACACCCUCCCCUUCCACGCGGCCUUCUCCGCCUUCACGAACGAGGUAAUCUGGCUGAUCACAAUCUCUUUCUUCUUCGCCCGUAGCUUCGUGAAGACGGGCCUUGGCGACCGCACCGCCAUGUACUUCGUCAAGUGGCUGGGAAAGAGCACCCUCGGCCUCUCCUACGGACUGACUCUGAGCGAGGCCUUGAUCGCUCCCGCGAUGCCAAGCACCACCGCCCGAGCAGGCGGCGUCUUCCUGCCCAUCAUCCAGUCGCUGUCCCUCUCGGCGGGAAGCUUCCCGGGAGAGCCUUCCAUGAAGAAACUUGGCUCCUUUCUAGUCCACACGCAGUUUCAGGCAUCAGGUAACUCGAGUGCUCUGUUCCUGACUGCAGCUGCUCAAAACCUACUAUGUCUGAAACUAGCAGAGGAACUCGGAGUUGCAAUCUCGAAUCCAUGGCUUUCUUGGUUCGAAGCUGCUAGUUUACCUGCAUUCGUAUCGCUUCUAUCAACGCCGUUCAUACUAUACAACCUCUGUCCACCGGAAAUCAAAGAAACGCCAGACGCCCCCGCCAUCGCUGCACAGAAACUACACCUCAUGGGACCCCUCACGACGAACGAACUCAUCAUGAUCGUCACAAUGCUCCUCGCCGUUUCCCUUUGGGUUUUCGGGGACGCCAUCGGCAUCACCAACGUGGUGGCUGCAAUGCUCGGACUGUCAAUACUGCUGCUAAUGGGCGUGCUGGAAUGGGACGACUGCUUGAGCGAGAAGUCGGCUUGGGACACGUUCGCUUGGUUCGCAGUUGUGGUGGGGAUGUCCGAGCAGCUGAGCGCGCUCGGCAUCGUGACCUGGAUGUCGAACUACGUGUCCGUGUCGUUGGUGUCGCUGUCACUGAGCUGGCCGCUCGAGCUCGUCCUCCUUCAGCUGACCUACUUCUCCAUACACUACAUGUUUGCCAGCCAGACGGGCCAUGUCGGGGCGCUGUACGCCGCAUUUCUUGGCAUGCACUUGGCCUCCGGGGUGCCCGGCAGCCUCUCGGCGUUGGCGCUUGCUUACAACACCAGCUUGUUUGGCGCUUUGACGCAUUACAGCAGCGGCCAGGCUGCUGUUUAUUUUGGAGCUGGAUACAUGGAUCUACCAGAUGUAUUCAGGUUGGGAUUCAUCAUGGCCAUUGUCAAUUUAGUGAUAUGGGGAGGUGUAGGGGCAGUGUGGUGGAAAUUAUUGGGGCUAUAUUAAUAUUGAAAUAGAAGAAGAUAUAUUUAUAAGUUGAGGUGAGAUUGUAAUGCUUCACAACAUCUCUAAAUGGUUUCUAUUGAUGCAACAUGUGUAAAUAUUGUAAAAGAUAAUGUGCAUUACAUUAGCUAUACUAUAACCCUUGAACUGCAA